GUACUGCACACUCUCUGAGUUUUCCACUUGUGUCACCGGGUCACUCUAUCUGCUGAGGUAGUCCUCGUUUGUGCCUGGAGCUUGUCGGCCGUUUAAUCAUCUGUUGUCUGGCUUUACGGUUUCUACACGUUGGUAGCCCGCUUGUCUGCCAGCCAUGUCCUGUACCAACCUUGUCCGGACUGCAACGCAGAACAAGCAAGCGUUGUCGCAUGCUCGUAACAUCGCUCAUGAGUCGGGUCGGUCACGAUCGGCAACUGGAGACAUGCCAGGCCCAUCCAGACGUGGUAUCCGACCGCGUAAACACGACGACGCCGUAACCCCCCACCUCGACCCGAACAAGAUGACCUCAACUUCGAUAGCGCACUACUACAAGUCGGCAGAAAGUUUCCAGCAAAUUCGUGCUAACAUCCAUUUGAACCGGGAAUAUAAAGGCCCGAGUACGAAGCCAAUCAGACCACGGUCUACUUCGGAUUCGAUAAGCAACGGAGUCAACAAAUCUACAGGCGCAACGGUGUCCGAGACCAAGCCACCUUCUCGCAUACUCUCCUCAGAGGCUUGGCAACAGACCAUGGAGAGACGAAAAGAGCGUGAGGAGACGCUGAAGAGGUUGACACAACUCAUCCGGUUUCACUACGGAGAUACAUACGACGCCCGCCCAUUCGGCAGCACCUGCUACGGCGCCAGCAGCAGCACGAGUGACAUCGAUGUGGUUAUAAUCGAUGCUGAUCGACCAUACGGGAUCCCAGCUGGUGAUAAAACGGCUUUGCCUCCCAUAUAUGAUGUUAGACGGCUGGCUAAGUUGCUCAAGGAGGAAGGUUACAAAUCCGUUUCCAGCAUACCCUACGCCGCAGUUCCUCUCGUGAAACUCACGGAUCCCGAUACCGGCAUGUCAUGCGACGUGAAUAUAAACAACCGGCUGGGUGUGUUCAACACCGCGCUCCUCCGCCAGUAUUGCCUGCGCGCGCCGAGUCUCGCGCGCUACCUUCGCACCAUCAAGUUAUGGGUGAAGUCCGUCGACCUCAACAAUCCCUCCGGGGAGAUAGACAAGGGGCCGCGCUCCUUUAGUAGCUAUGCGAUCACGCUCAUGACUGUUGCGUACUUGCAGAGUACUGGACAUUUGCCGAAUCUGCAAGCAGACCAAGAUGUGAUCGUGGACACGCAUUUUUGGGAGCAUCGCCUCGGCACGCGACGCUCGGUCCCAAUUAGCUUUGGCGCGUGCAAGGAUCGGAGGAGAGGAGCGGCCAGCACCGGCAACACGGCCGACUCUCUUAACAUUGACGCACCUUUUAGGCCCGCAUGGUAAUUAUCAUAUACUCCUUUGGAUACAAAGC